GUAAUGUAGUGUAUAUUCCACUUUCUUGUUUUUUUCCUUCUUCUUCUGUUACGUUUGCAAUUAUCUCCAGUACUUCAAUUCGACUGCUGUCAUCACGAAUCCCCAUGGACCUGCUUCAACCUAACUAACCUGGUUCAGCUUAUCAACCAGCUAAUUAUUAGAAUCAGGUGUGCUACAUUAGGGUUGGAGUGAAAACUACAGGAGGGUAGCUCUCAAGGAACAGGGUUGGAGUUAAAAUCUACAGGACGGUAGCUCUCCAGGAACAGGGUUGGAGUUAAAACCUACAGGAGGGUAGCUCUCAAGGAACAGGGUUGGAGUUAAAACCUACAGGAGGGUAGCUCUCCAGGAACAGGGUUGGAGUGAAAACCUACAGGAGGGUAGCUCUCCAGGAACAGGGUUGGAGUUAAAACCUACAGGAGGGUAGCUCUCCAGGAACAGGGUUGGAGUUAAAAACCUACAGGAGGGUAGUUCUCCAGGAACAGGGUUGGAGUGAAAACCUACAGGAGGGUAGCUCUCAAGGAACAGGGUUGGAGUUAACCUACAGGAGGGUAGCUCUCCAGGAACAGGGUUGGAGUUAAAAACUACAGGAGGGUAGCUCUCCAGGAACAGAGUUGGAGUUAACCUACAGGAGGGUAGCUCUCCAGGAACAGGGUUGGAGUUAAAACCUACAGGAGGGUAGCUCUCCGGGAACAGGGUUGGAGUUAAAACCUACAGGAUGGUAGCUUUCCAGGAACGGGGUUGGAGUUAAAACCUACAGGAUGGUAGCUUUCCAGGAACAGGCAAUGCCAUCUGGGGUCUUCUUCAAUAGCCAAGCGCUGUAUCAAGUCUGUAUAAUUUCUUUGUUAUUUUAAUCAAAUCAACUUGUUGUCACAUGCGCCGAAUACAAGUGUAGACUUUAGAGUGAAAUGCUUACUUACAAGCCGUUAACCAACAGUGCAGUUCAAGACUUACAGUCUCUGCGGAUCUUAUUGAUGCUGCAUGCUUUCUGGCAGCGGUCCAGCUGUUCCUUGACUCCGUGGAUCAGAACCGGAUCCAUGUCCCGUGAUCACACACUGCACAUCCUCUUUGGCACCAGCAGAGAGCCCAGAGCAUCCAGACCAUCUGGCAGGAAUAGCGGACUUUAACCAGAGCAAUUAGGGAAUCACGCCUACUGCCAUCUGCUCUAAAUGAUUACUCUGUAUGAUGUGCACAUGCCAAUAUAAUGUCAAGUCUAGUAGUAUGUCAUUUCAAUAAAUAAAAUAGCCUAACUGUUUAGGGGGGAGAGUAAACAAUGGAAAAAUAACAUUUGCACAUACAGUACAAAUAUUUGUUAUGCAAAGUCUCCUAUGACAACUAAAACAUAUGCUGCUGAGAAUCACAGACAGAUGUUGCAUACAUUGAAGCAGAGGUUGAUGUGGCUGUAAUGUUCUGUUAAUACACAAGCUAAGUUGUCUGUCUACAGUGGAAAUGUGUUUACAGAAAUGUGACUAACUCAGAACUGUUUCGAUUUAUUUUGCAGAUAAAAAAAAAAUAUAUCAUCACAAAUAACACCCGAGUGCACCACGGGUAUGAAAAUCUAAACCUUCUGUCUAUCAUUGGCAUCGCAGGAAGUCCAAUGUUUGUUGAGCACCAUAGUGCUGCUUUGGAGCACAGGUGAUGGGUGGCUGAGCACAGCAGCAGCCCUGCUUGGAGGGUCUAGCCUAUAGCCUCUCUCAGUGACAGGAUGACUAUGACAGAGAGCACUACAGUUUUCUUUAAUCUGAGCUUCCAUGUGGAGUGGAAUCAGUCUGACUCCAGACCGGAGACACCUGACAAGGAGAAGAACUGGCCUGCUCUGCUCAUCUUAAUGGUCAUCUUCUUCACUGUGGUGGGCAACAUCCUGCUCAUCCUAGCUGUGUCUCUGGAGAGGAAGCUGCAGAAUGCCACCAGCUUCUUCCUGCGCUCCCUUGCUGUGGCAGACAUGCUUGUGGGUUUUCUCGUCAUGCCGGUCUCACUGAUCAACAUUCUCUAUGACUACGUGUGGCCCUUCCCCAGACCCCUCUGUCCCGUCUGGAUCUACCUAGACGUGCUGUUCUCCACAGCAUCCAUCAUGCACCUGUGCGCCAUCUCACUGGACCGCUAUGUGGGCAUCUGUAACCCCAUCCAACAUAGCCGCUCCAACACCCUUUCCAAGGCCAAGGCUAAGAUCGCCCUCGUCUGGACCAUCUCCAUAGUGAUCUCCACACCCAUCCCUGUGAUUGGCCUGUAUGACGAGGGGAAGGUGUUUGUCAACGGGACCUGUGUACUGAACGAGCACAGCUUCGUCCUGAUUGGCUCCUUCGUAGCCUUCUUUGUCCCUCUGGUCAUCAUGGUGGUCAGCUACUGUUUGACUGUGCGUGUUCUGCAGCACCAAGCUUCUGACUUCCUGCAUGGAGGCCAGGCUUCAAUCAACCAGCCGGCCCUACUCAGGAUCACCCCAAGGUCCCCUGCAGGGGACAGUCUCCGUCUCCUCAAACAGGACCCUGUCCCUGAGGCCUUGCCAGCUGUUGGUUCCUCCGACGUUUCCGUCUCUCAAGCCUCCCUUCAACCCAUCUCUCCAACAGGGAGACAGGAGCCAGGGGGAGCUGGCAUGGCUCAAUCAAUCAAAAAUGAGAGGAGAGCCUCCAUGGUCCUGGGUGUGGUGUUUUUCCUCUUCCUGAUUAUGUGGUGUCCAUUCUUCAUCACCAAUGUGCUGAGCGUGUUGUGUGAGGACUCGAUAAUAAGCCUGUGCAAUAAGCCCGUGUUGGCAGUGCUCCUAAAGGUCUUUGUUUGGGUGGGAUAUGUCUCCUCUGGUGUCAACCCACUGGUCUACACUCUAUUCAACAGGACCUACAGACAGGCCUUCCACCGCUACCUACAGUGUAUCUACCACAGCCCGCCAGCCAAGAGCACCAAGAAUAUUUCUGUUAAUACCGUCACGCCUAUUCUAUGCAGUAAAGAUGCCAACGACUGUAGCUGUAACAGCCACAAUGGGUAUAAAGGGGAAAUGAAAGGAAGAAUGGGGUUGGAUAGAGAGGGUACAGGGUCUGGGAUGCUUGAGAAGUUGGCCAGUGUCUGUCCCCCCACGGCUGAGGAAGUCAGCUGUGUCUGAACUGGCUGGCUGGCCUACUGUCUUUCCCCUCCAGGCUUUCUACAUACAAACCAUUGUUGUGACACAGCUGUUGCUUCAUGUCACUGCCUGGAUUCUCCAGCUCCACUUCCUGUUCAAACACAGGAGAUGUACUGGAUUCUCAAUCUCCACUUCCUGUUCAAACACAGGAGAUGUACUGGAUUCUCAAUCUCCACUUCCUGUUCAAACACAGGAGAUGUACUGGAUUCUCCAACUCCACUUCCUGUACAAACACAGGAGAUGUACUCAAUGUCUCCCUGUUGCUGGACCUGUAAACAUGACUCAAUGAGAUAUGAAAUAGUGUUAAGUUUGCACAAUUGAUACUGUAUGUGUCAGACAUUAAUUACAGCUAGUGAGUAAUAUGUGUGUAGUCAGUGUGGUUAUUGUAAAGAAAUGUCCAUUAACUGCACUACUAGUAAAUCAAAAGGUGUUUGCAUCUCUCACAACAGGGCUUUGAGGGUCAUUUACAGGAAAACCACUUGCUGUAUCUCUCUGUAAUCCUGGAGCCACAGUGCCACCUAAUGGAAAUAUACUGUACAAUAAAUACAAAUUAAAUUUC